UAUUACAAAUUUCAGUGGUGUUUUCAGGAUCUUUGGUAUUUUCGGAGUUUCGUUGACACUCAAAAAUAACAAUCGGCAAGAUGCGUUUACUUUCGAUCAUUUUUUUUGUCGUUAUGUGCGUGGUCAUUGACAAGGUGAAUGGUGCAGGGAAAAACGUUAUUGCCAGCCAAAGAAAGACGAUAAUCUACCCGAAACAGGAUCUUCUGUCAGCUAAGACGCCGAUUUCGGACGGCGACAAAAUAAUUUGGCACAAAAGUUUCGCUACAGACGUCCUCUUCUUUGGUGGCGAAGUGAAAUACAAUGAAAACGAUAAGGUCAAAACUGUGCCAUUGGAUUGGAACGAGGGUGUUGACAUUUGCGAGGAACUCGAGGACGGUUCGUUGUUCGAUCUGGCGGGACAAAUAUUACGGAAAUCAUGGCUUCCCCGUGGUUCUUGUCCUGUCAACAAGGGCUCUUUCAGAGCGAAAAACCCUGUCAGACUUAGGAACGUGGACGUAUCGCAAGACUCCGAACGGUAUGUCUUCAAUCUACAAGUUGGACAUUCUAGAGAUCAAUUGGUUUUCAUAACGACGUAUGAUGUGCUAGUUACGGGUUAAUAAACUACGAAUGAAGCAUAUUAUAUUUCUUCGAUAUUCCGGCAUCGUCAAUAAAUAAGUGCAAACUGAAAAGUGCUUUUUCAUCUAUGAGUACAAACGUCCUGCAGUCGUGGAAAACCGAUUUUGUGAGAAUGAUGAAGAAUCGUGUUGGAGGAAUUCAUGAAAAUUAUUGAAAAAAUUUUUGUUUCUAAAAUUCGAUUCGGUACAGAUAAUUUUCGAUGGAAUCGUAAAAAUCCAGUUUUUGUUUGAAUUUGCUUAGAAUAAGGUAUUUUACACCAUGUAAGAAAACAAAAUAAAAAUGCACGUUUAUGAUAGAUUUGGUAAAAAAUAGA